AACGCCGGCAAGACUACAAUUGGCUUCACGAGGCGACUCUCCAAGCGCCACAACAUGAAGAAUCGUCAAACCUGAUGGCUUCAGAUUGAUGCCGUAUUAUCCUCAUACCACCUCUCGAUCUUGGUCUUCCGAUUCCAUUCCAGCUUCCAAUACAUAUCACUAGAAGCUUAAUCAUUCACGAUUACAACUCAUUUCAACGUAAUACUUCAAGCUAGUGCAGCUAUCCAUGCAGCAAAUGCCUGUACCGACCUGCAUUCGCGAAGUGCUCAAUUCGUAUUCACCUCUGUGCUGAUUCUCAGAAUCGUCAACCUUCCGAGGAGUGCACAAAUAUACGCACUCGAAAACCAUCAAGGUGGGAGAUACAUAGGUCUACCCAGACACUAUGCCGCCUCCCAAGUCAUUAGCCGAGCUAUGCCUCGAAGCUUGUCAGAAGCAUAUAAGCCAGCUGACAAGCUUCGGCGAUGGCGACUUUCUGCUACCUCCGCAUUAUGUUCGCGAUUUGCUUUCGAGGAUAUGGGAUCCUGCUCAAUUACGCACGAUCGAGAUCAACUCCCCACAGGUUGCCACUACUGAAGCCUGGCAGCGCCUGAUAGCAAAGGAAUUUCCAGUUGAAAGUCGGGACAAAAAUUACUUCCCCAAAAACCCAACCAAGUGGUACAAAAUUUACGAGAAAUACACGAUGGAACGUCAACUUUCCCGGCAAGAGGCUGAGGAACAAUUGCGCCGCCAAUUCCAGGGUCUCCAAGACAAGAAGGAAUCUCGUGUCAGCAGGCUUGUUGACGACCCAAAAUUUCUGCCGCGACCUCCAAAGACCGGCCGGACCUUUGGGACAAGUGCGCGUCCUGGCGGGAGAGAUGCACCAAGCACCCUCCGUUUUGGCGGUGGUACUCGCACCAAGAUGAACACUGGCGCCGGCGUGCUACGUAAGGCUCGUCGACAGGCUGCAGAACAUCACCUCAAGCUUGGGGGCGUUUUAGCCAGACCAGUGAGCAGGGCUCCGACAGGCACAGUCAUAAGAGCACCUGUCGGGAUGGUCAACGCUCGUCGAAUCGCCGCUCAGCCAGCAUUCAGAGCCCGUUCUUCACUUCAGCAGAACGCGGCCGACAUUCGGGAAUCCAGCAGGCCCAACCCAAAGGCCAAUUUUAUCUCGGACUCAUCAGAUAACGAACUUUGGAGCGAAGACGAACAGGACGACGAACAGCCCCGUCAAGACAAACGAGUGAGACCUGAUGUGGCCGGCCGAAGUUACAAUACUCCACAUAUAACGUCCUCAAGCGCCUCUUCACAACCAGCAAAGCGCCCAGGGCUUCUCUCGAAUGCGCCCAAGUCUAAGGCCAAAACAACAACAUUCGCAGAAGAUCAAUCGAAGUCGGCAUCAUCCCGCAACACGCGCCAUAGUGACUCGACAGGCGCACAGGCGAAGCCGACGCGCCCAGGCCCAGCUCGGAAUACCCCGGCACAGAGCCUAGGCAGAGAUGAUUCUCUGCCGGUGAGUGAGUCUCGGAAAUCACCGCCGCAGUCACGCUCGAAGGCAACGUCUCCGACCCCUAAUAACCAGCAGUAUAUCUCUACAGCAACCAAGAAGCGAAAGGCAGUCGAUAUAUUUAUGCCUAAGAAGCGUCGAUAAUGCGAAUGUGCAUUCCUCAUUGGAUUCUUCAGAUUGGUUACGACAUCCAGGCAGUAUCUGGGCUAAGGUGUCUCUGUAUAGAAUAGGGUUGGGAGCAUGGCGUUAAGAUGGAAGAUACCUGGAUCUAGGGUGGCUAAAUGCGAUUGUUUCUAUUUCUGC